GAGCCGAAGCCUGAAGUGCCCAGUGCUGGUUCCCCGUCGUUGCUUCGGGACCUGCACCGUCUGGGAUCGAGAGGUGCAGACCUGGGAGCGGAGGACACUGCCGGGUGUCUCGGGGACGCGAAAACUCCCGGAGCCGCAGUCUCCGCGGGGCGGCCUGGGAAAGUCAGCAGCGCAGUGGGGAAACCGCAGACUGGCGGCCCUGGAAUCUCCCAGGGUCUGUUGACAUUCAGGGAUGUAGCUGUGAACUUCUCACAGGAGGAGUGGGAAUGCCUGGACUCUGCUCAGAGGGCUUUGUGCAUUGAUGUGAUGUUGGAGAAUUAUAACAACCUGAUCUUUGUGGAGAACUAUUGCAUAUGUGAUCCUGUCCAUCAACAUGUGAAGAUUGGAAAGCAGUCUAAAGACUUUGAGAAAUCAUUAAAUUUGUGUUCCAACAUUACUCAAGAUGAGAGACUCUAUACUGCAAACAAAGAGCACAGUCAGGGAGAAUAUGACUAUUUCAGCUCUGCAUGCAAUUUUUUGCAACAACCAAUCUAUAUUAGAGAGACAACACACCAUCGUGGGAAAUGUAAGAAAUUUGUCCACACUGCCUCAAGCCUCACUCUACAUCAAAGAAUUCAUCCUGGAAUUAAGUCCUACAAUUACAUCAUUUGUGAAAAAUCCUUUAUCCAGCAUGCAGAUCUUAAAAUGCAGCAAACACUUCAUACUGGGGAAAAAACUUACAAAUGCAAAGAAUGUGGAAAGUCUUUUCUUGAAUUAUCUCAUCUUAACAGGCAUUACAGAAUCCAUGCUGGUGAAAGGCCUUACAAAUGUGAGGUAUGUGACAAAUUCUUUACCUUGAACUCAACCCUUAGAAGGCAUCAGAAAAUUCAUACUGGAGAGAAACCUUACAAAUGUAUGGAAUGUGACAAAUCCUUUUCCCGGGACUCACAUCUUAGAACACAUCAGAGAGUUCAUACUGGAGAGAGACCAUACAUUUGUCAGGAAUGUGGCAAAUCUUUUGCCCAAUCUUCCGGUUUAAGGACACAUCAAAAAAUUCAUAUUGGAGAGAAACUUUAUAGAUGCAAAGACUGUGACAAAUCAUUUACCCAUACUGUAAGUCUUAAAGUACAUCAGAGAGUUCAUACUGGAGAGAGACCUUACAGUUGUAAGGAAUGCGACAAAUCCUUUACCACUUGCUCACAUCUUAAAAGACAUCAGAGCAUUCACACUGGGGAGAAACCUUACAAAUGUAAGGAAUGUGACAAGUCUUUUACUAGCUGCUCAUAUUUUAGAGAACAUCAGAGAAGUCAUACUGGAGAGAAACUUCACAAAUGCAAACACUGUGCCAUGUCCUUUACCCAUGUUGUAAGCCUUAGAAUACAUCAGAGAAUUCAUACUGGAGAAAGACCAUACAGUUGUAAGGAAUGUGACAAAGCCUUUACCAAUUGCUCAGAUCUUAAAAGACAUCAGAGAGUUCAUACUGGGGAGAAACCUUACAAAUGUGUGGAAUGUGGCAGAUCCUUUACCCUUUGCGCAAAUCUUAGAAGACAUCGGAGAGUUCACACUGGAGAGAGACAUUACAAACAUAUGGAAUGUGACAAGUCCUUUAACCACGACUCAAAACGUAGAAAACGUCAUAGAGUUAUUACUGGACAGAGAACUUACAAUUGUUAGGAAUGUGGCAACUCUUUUACCUACUCUUCUGGUUUAAGGAGACAUCAGAAAAUCCAUAAUGGAGAAGAACCACACAAAGACAGAUGCAUCCUCUGUCCAGAUUUCAGAUCGUAGGAGAUAGGAGAAAAUUCGUAAUGGAGAGAAACAUACCAUUUGAAAAAUGUAAUAUAGCAUUUUCUGGUAUUCCCUUCUUAUAAAUCAUAACAGUAUGCAAAAUAGGAACAUAAAGAUAAGAAACUUGUGAAAGUCUUUAGAGAACUUUUACAUUUUAAAGAAUAUCCUAGAGAUUAUAUUAAAAUACAAUUCUAAAUGCAAAUGCAAUGAUGGGAAAGCUUUUUAUUUUUUUUUAACAUGUAUGCAUGCUUUGCCUGCAGUUAGCCUGUGCACUAUGUGUAUGCCUGAUGUAGGACAGAAGGGGUUAUCUGAUCCCCUGAAGCUGGAAUUACAGACCAUUGUGAACUGCCAUGCCUGUGUUGGCAAUGAACACUGUUCUUCAGGAAGAGCAAACAAUGCUCUUACCCACUUAGCCAUGUCUGUGGCCCCUGGUUUUAAAAAAAAAUGUAAUA